AUGUCUUCAACACGUUCUGUUUUAAGCUCUUUAUUAAGGACCUCAAAUGUUAUUUUAAAAAAUCAAAGGCCUGCUGUAUUUAUGAAUAGAUCGUUUUUCACAUUAACAAAAAAUUCAACUUCUAUCGUAAGGAAUGCUAAUAAUGUUGUCAAGAUCAUUGGAUGCAAUAAUUAUCAACAAUUAUUUAACACUACUCAAAUUCGUAAUGUUAAAACAUUAAAUUUUGGUGGUACUAACGAACAAGUUUAUGAAAGAUCAGAUUGGCCAAAGGAAAAAUUCCAAGAAUUUUUCAAAAAUGAUACAAUUGCAGUGAUUGGUUAUGGCCCACAAGGAAGUGGUCAAAGUUUAAAUGCACGCGACAAUGGCUUGAAUGUGAUUAUUGGUGUGAGAGAAGGCGGAAGUAGUUGGAAAGAAGCAUUGAAAGAUGAAGCAGUCUCAAAAGGAACAAUUAUUCUUGAUUUAUUGUCGGAUGCUGCACAAAAAGCACUUUGGCCUCAAAUGGCUUCACACCUGACUAAAGGAAAAACAUUAUAUUUUUCUCAUGGUUUUUCAGUAGUUUAUAAAGAUCAAACAAAUGUAAUACCACCAAAAGAUAUUGAUGUGAUUUUAGUUGCACCCAAAGGUUCAGGUAGAACUGUUAGAUCAUUAUUCCUCGAAGGACGUGGCAUUAAUUCAUCUUUCGCAGUAUUCCAAGACGCAUCUGGAAAAGCUAAAGAUAAAGCUGUUGCGCUUGGUGUUGCUAUAGGCUCAGGUUAUCUUUAUGAAACAACUUUUGAAAGAGAGGUGUUUUCUGAUCUUGUAGGUGAACGAGGUGUUCUUAUGGGUGCAAUUCAAGGUUUAUUUUUAGCCCAAUAUGAGGUUUUAAGAGCAAAUGGUCAUACACCUUCUGAAGCAUUCAAUGAAACAGUAGAAGAGGCUACACAAUCUCUAUAUCCUUUGAUUGGCGAAAAUGGAAUGGAUUGGAUGUAUGCAGCAUGUUCUACAACAGCUCAAAGAGGUGCGCUUGAUUGGUAUAAACCAUUUCACGAUGCCACAAAGCCUGUAUUUGAAAAAUUAUAUGAAUCCGUUGCUAACGGAACAGAAACUAAAAGAUCUUUAGAAAAAAAUUCUUCGCCUAAAUAUCGCGAAGAAUUAGAGCAAGAAUUAAAAGAGAUUAGGGAAAGUGAAAUUUGGACAACUGGCAAAACUGUAAGAAAUCUUAGACCUGAAAGAAAGAAAUAA